AUGAAGAAUAGAAAGUAUAUCUAUGGCCGCAGUAGUCUCUAUCAUACUAGUGGCGCGAGAGACAACGCUUUAACCGGCACCAACGGCACUGCUGCCGAUGGGAAAACCGCUGUUGGCACGGCUGGAAAUGCUCUCGAUUCUCCCCCAAGUGGGGCAGUUUCACGCCCAGAGCACCUUCGGGAUAAUGGCAGCGCUUUCAAGUACAUGAUACUGGCAAUGGUCUUAACAGUCUUACCAAGACAGUGGUAUGAUCACACCUAG